GCGGGCACACCGAACCCAAAUUCACGAGGCCCAAAAUAAAAUCAAUUUUUCACGAAAACCGAACGAAAAUUUGUGUUCAAACUCAAUUAAAUGCAAGUGAGAACUGCAUUUAAGGUCCAUUGUCAGCGUUAAAGUCUCCCUGUCCAGUGUGCAUAAUAUAUAAACGGGUUGCGAUCACGUUACCCAACGAUUUCUCGACGUGUGUUAAAAUAAAGCCGCAAAGUGGAUACCGAAACUGUGAAAAUCGAGGAUUUGAUGGACUCUGAUCCUGAAAUUGAGUUCAUUGAAAAGGAUAGCGGGAUGUCAUCGUUAGGCGGCAGCAAAGACGAGACGCCCGAGCGUCGCACAGUGGCCACCGUAAGUAAAAACGUGCAGCCUGCACGCGAUGGCGAGGAGAAUUUCGAUGAUGAGCCCGACGAGACGAUCGGCGAGCGCAUUCUUGGCCUGACCGAAAUGUUUCCCGAUUCUGUGCGCAAUGCUGUUGCCACCGUCGCCGGAACCAGCGUGAAUGGCUGCAAAGGUCUCUUUUCGUUCUCGCGCAACGCCGCAUGGAUAUUCUUUACAACGUCUAUCAUUAUGUUUGCGCCGAUAGUCUUUGAGACUGAGCGCGCCAAUAUGGAGGAGCUGCACAGGUCGCAGCAGACGCAGGUGCUCCUGGGGCCGAGCAGUGCCAUGGCUUCCACUGGGCCAGCGCCCAAUCUGCCAUUAAUACGUUAAUCUAUUAGCAAUUAGCUCUAUAUCCAGCUGGGGUCCGUGUUCGGGACGCGUUUAGCCUAAGUUUAUCAAAAUAUCAACCAAUCAAUCCCAGUCGCAGGCAAAAACGAAAGCCAUGCCCCUCCAUAACACACCACAACCCAUAGCAGAACAGACACACACACAGCAAGCGCCUUAAGCAUUUACGAUGCCUCCCACUUACCCUGCAGCAUUGCGAGUGGGUUGGAAUGGCCCCCAAGAAAAUAGUCCACUAAAACACCUCAUCGAUCGGCAUCCUCUUCGAGCAGUUGCGAACAAUUCUGAUAGGUCUUAGAUUCGUAGUUGACGUUUCAAAGUGU